AUGUGUGAUGAGAAAGAGAGGGUCGAGCGUAUCUUUCAGAAUGCAGUUGAGCCAGAAGAGACGAUCUCUAAUCCAAACACGGGACACCCAGUCACAGUCGAAGGUCGCAUGGUAAAGAAGUUUCGACGAGCUGCUGCUGGAGCCGAGAGACAAAUUCCUGAAGAGCUUCGUACACCUGCGACGCUCAAGAAGACACUCAAUUACCUUCUCAAGAAUGUCAUGGGACAAUCGGACCGCUAUGGCAAACAUCACAAGUUUGUCUGGGAUAGAACUCGCGCUAUCAGAAACGAUUUCAAUAUACAGAGUUUCACGAAGCCCCAGGACGUAAAGUACGAGGUGGACUGCUACGAGCGCAUCGUCAGAUUCCAUAUUCUCUCGCUGCACAUUAUGUCAGAUCCAGACCAGCAGAAGACGGCAGAGGAGUACAACCGACAACAAGAGCUGGAACAAUUACAAAAGACGUUUGCCAGCUUGAUUGACAAGUACGAUACCUUCGGCCGAACUAUGCACUUUCGCAACGAGCCAGAGUUCAGAGCGUAUUAUAUUCUAUUUGUUGCACGAACAACUCUCUAUGAUCUGGACACGUUCAUCCAGCGAUGGCCGAGGCAUGUCUUGGACGACGGUCGAGUUCAGACAGCGCUGAAGUUGCAUGCGGCUGCCAGCAGCAUCGACUACCCUACUGGAUCUCCAAAUCUAGACCCUAUCCCUCCUUCCAUAGCUCAGGCCAAUGCUGGAGCUUAUUGGACGCUUCUACAGAGCAAGCAAGUUGGCUACCUGAUGGCUUGUGUUGCUGAGAUCAGCUUUCAGCUUGUUCGAUUCACCGCUAUAAACGCUCUCUGGCAAGCUGCUAAGACUGCUCCGGAAAAAGGCCAGUCAGCUAUGAGAGCUUGGUCUAAGCCUGUUCUGACCGAGUAUCUUGGAUUUGACUACGAGGAACAGACCGUGGAGUUUUGCGGAAAGCUCGAGAUUUCUUUUGCAAAGCAUCCAAUGAACCAGGAGGAAUAUUUGGAUUUCCAGUCUAAUCCCGCGAAAAGUCUCGAGAGAAUUAGAUACAACCCAUCAGAAAAGUCCUCGCAGGUGUUUUCGGAGGCCAUCGUGGAGCAGAAGCGACAAGGCCGGACCUUUACUGCUGUGCUAAAUGGCUUCUCCAUUGCUGCCGCGAUCCGUGCAGGUAUGAUCGCCGACGAUGCUGGACACACACCGCUAGUCAAGACGCGGAAUGGCAUGUUUGUGCAGGAUGACGACGAUGACCAGGAGGAGGAAGAAGAUGAGGAACAACAAGAUAGGACUGGGGCGCCUGCUACAUCGGCCGGAUUAUCAUCAUUCAACCCUCAAGCAGCAAGUUUCAAUCCUGGCUCAGGUGCCAUACCUCAAUCUAGCAGUGCCCUGGAGCAGCCCAGCUGGAUGAGUGAUUUCGGCGCUUCCAAGACACCCGAAACGACACAUCGUAUCUUUGGCCUGAGCAAGCAGGAGCAACCCACUACCAGCUCCGCUGCGAUUGCACAACCACUGUUUCAAUCGAGCAAUUCUGAGGCGUCACAGAAACCGUUCCAAUUUCCAACGGUAUCGACCGCCACCACGACUUCAAACCCAAGUCCCACAUUUCCAACCUCCACUCAACCUGCAGCUGCAGGGUCUUCACCAACGACCUCGGCCUUCAUUACCACAUCUAUCACCGAAGCAACUCAAUCAGCUACUGCGUCACGCCCAUUACCUAAUUUCUCCUCAUUCUCUCCUACCUCAACGACAGCUACAUAUCAACCAGCUCAGUCAGAUGCUGCACCAGCCAAGCAACCUAUAUUUUCUCUCACUUCGACUUCAGCAGACGCUUCUUCAGAGUCGGCAAAGCCACUCUUUAAUCUUGGCCAAACUGCAAUAAAAGCUAGUGCUGAAGACCAGACGGAGCAAGCUGGCCGACCCAUAUUCGACAGUCUCAAGCCCACGUCGGGGACAAUACUUUCUUCUGCAUCGGAAUCUUCGAGCACAAUUUUCGACAAGCCCGAAGCUGCUACGACGGCAAGCACUGCGCCGUUCAAGUUCAACUUUGCAUCACAGCCUGCGAGUGUUCAAGAACCACUACCGGCUUCUUCUGGAAGCGCUCGAACUUCGCAAAGCUCAGCGACAGGUUCUUCCGGCCAAUUUGCUAGCAGCGCAAAUCUCCAAGCGACGUCAGACACAACAUCACAGCCUCCAGCACAUUACAAACGGCCGUUUUUCGCGGAUACUAAUUUCACACAAGUGCCAUCACUAUCGGACAAAGCCGCUAGCACAACUCCUACUCAUCCUGCGCAAAAAGGUGAAGGUCCAACUUUUCACAUUCCACCUCCACUCGCCCAAUCAACACCAAUUUUCAAUCCCAAUGCACCUGGCAGGCCCCCAGUUGCUACAACAGUUCCUGAACCUUCAGUUACCCCAGCAGAACCAGAUUCCGCGAACGAAGAACAGCUACUCGAGCAUUUGUGCAGAAUUGGAACGGUGCAAUCCGACGGCAUCCUCGAUAUGUAUAUAAGGUUAUCACUUCCAAGAAAGCUACAGGAUAUUUUCAGCUCCUGGACCAGGAAGAGCCUUAUUAAGAAGACCUCCGUGAUCGAGAAGAAGAUUCGAGCAAGAAAGUUCUUUGUACUCUGGAAGUCCAUCGUAGACCAGCGACGACUUCGACGACGUGCAGAUAAACGUCGACGAUUACUUGCUGAGACAGCCAAAGCCGAACAGCAGAGAAGAAAGCACGAGGAGGACGAAGCGGCACGAAUUGUGGAGGCUGCAGCUGAAAAGAGGAGAGUUCAGGAAGAAGUGCAAAAGAGGAAGGACGAGCAGAGACAGCUGAAAGAAGAACAGAAGAGAUUACAAGCACAGCAGAUGAGACCUCCAGUCAAUAGUCCAGCUCCACAGGCAGGACAGAAGCGUAAGACGCUCACGAACAGUGCGUCUCGAAGCAACCUCCAAGGCAUUGCUAUGAGCCCCAUGCACAAGCGUUCACGGACGGUGGGCAGCCAGUCUACAGAGAUGCCUGCGCUCGGAGCCUCAUCAUCCUCACUUCCGCCACUGCCUCUGUCUGCUAGCCGCACAGAGCACAACGGCUUGCGACGAUCAUUGAGCCACAAAAGCCUGCGCCAGUCUCUUACACAACAAAGACUUGACCAGACUCAGACCGACUAUUUCAGACUCAAGGCAAUGGGUGUAGACCCAGAGACACCUUUCGUACCCGACACCGCCGCCACCUUAGCCGCUAAGAAGCAGAAACAGGAGGAUCAUCAAGCUGCCGUCAACGAGCGCGUUAUAAAGCGACCCAGUUCGACACUCAACAGAUCAAGAACCUCGACACCGUCGUCUCCACCAAGAUUCGCGGCGGUUACCUCUUCAAGAACAUCGCUUGCCCGUACUUCUCGGCCAGCACCACAGGCUGUUGCACAUACAGAAGCCACAGACGACGAUCCUUUUCUCAAAUCUUUGCGAGAAGCUAGAGAGGCGCUCAGUCAAGAUGCCAACUGGUUCAAGACACAAGCUGUCGACCUCGAGAAACAAGUCGAGCAGCAAGAGGAGUUCCGACGCAGUCUAGGCUCAGCCUCAAGCAAGGACGAGGCUCUGGUGCGAGACGCUGCCGGCUUCUCAAAAAGUCUGAAUGGCUUUGAAUAUGUGCCACCCGAAGUGAGGCCAGGCCAGACAUUGUCGAGGACGGAGCAACGUAUUCGCCGUACGGGCGCUCGAGGUCUGGCUAACAAGCCCAUUGGCGGUUCCGGGCCGUCCUCGCCUCAUCCGCUCGUGCCCAUGUCAAGACGAUCAGCAAGUUCGCUUCGCAAUAGCCAGACGUCUCACGAGAACACAAAUGGUGCGAGCCAUGGCAGAAAGCGAUCGUUUGACGAAGUUGGUCUCACCGUCCAGCAUGAUGUCCACAGUCUCGAGCCAAGCUUGAAUGGUGAGGUCGACAAUCAUGCCACUAAGAAAGUGAAGAGCACGAUGAGCUUACAAGGUUUACAAGCUCUGGCACGGAACCCUUUCGGCAAUGGUGACUACGACGAUAGCGACAAGACAGAGGAAGUAGAAGAGGGAUACGACGAGGAGGAGUACGAUGGGAAACAACAGUAUGGCGAGCAAGAGUACGAUCAGGAGGAAUACGAAGAUGAAGAGGAGGAAGAAUUUGAGGAUGGUCGACAGGUUGUCGCCUAUCCUAAGAUUUCAGCGUACUACGAAGAAGGCCUCGAUGACGCAGAAGACGAAGAAGAGGUCCCUGAGGACGAGGAAUCUGAAGAAGAUGACGGUGGCGACUACACUCGAUCCCGUUAUCGACAGCCUGGCGCAGAGUGGAAUGGUACUGGUUUCGAGGACGAGAGGCUAUCACUGCCACGACAAGAUAGUCGAGCUGUUAGUACCAGUGCUGCUACACCUGAUACUGGACACGGCAGUACCGUCAACGAUGCUAUCGAGCUGAGUGAUUGA